AUGUUCUGUUUCGUAAAUUUCUGUUUGUUAUUUUUUUUUAAUUUCUUUAUCCUUGCGUUAAUGCAAGAAACUACCGGCCCCAUAGCGUACGAUAAAACAAUUGAGAUUGUAUAUAUUAUUCGAGAAAAGAUGUCUAUAACUGUUCGGUUAGAGGACCCAUUUGAUUGCAUAAAAUGGGCAGGUUUGCAAUACUCGUCAACAGAAGAAAUAGUUAAUUCCACAUAUUUGGACAACGUAACUAUAAAACAUAUGUCUUUAGAAUUAGAUUUUUUAAGUAAUUAUAGUACUUCGGGUAUUUUCAUUAUUUUUAACGACACAAAAGGCAAUACUUUUACAAAAGAGCCUUUGUUUAAAUUUACUCAAUCAAAUUCGAGAGGGCUUGAUGAAAAACACAUCUGCUUAAAACACUGUACAAUUAUUUUUAAUAUCAAGAAAGUCUUAAAAAAGUAUUGCAGUGACCACGGGAGGUUUACCCAUCAGUGUUGUAAAUCGAAGCAUCAAACCUCGAUAGGAGGGGAUAGUAAAGAGUUUAUAACGGCUGAAAUAAAUGUUGAAAAGACAAAUAGGAACAGCAAAGAAGAAUCAGUUGAAAUUGAUAUUAUUCCAAAUGACCCUAAAUUUUAUUACAAGCCUGAUAUAAAUUAUACCUUUAUAUGCAAUGCAUCACGUUUGCCAAAGAAUAUGUAUUUAUUGCUAAAUUUGAAAGAAGCCCAAGGUAACGAAAUCCAUAAGUUGUCUAAAAGUAAAGAAACUUUAUUAGAAUAUAGUUCAAGCUUACAAGAAAAAUAUAACAAUUCAAAGAUUUAUUGUGAAAUAAGAUCGAAAACGAAAAAAAAUUGGAGUAUUAAGUCAAGGGAGAUAACGCUAUUUCUAAAAGAAUCAAAAACUCAACAAAAUACAUCCCUUCAACAUGACGUCACAUUUCAUAUGAAUGAAUAUUAUAUAGGACUUAUACUGGGAGUCUUGUGUCUUUCUGUGGGUGUUAUUUUAUAUUUUUACUGUAAAUUUCGCGCAAAGAAAAACGCAUUACAAGAUACUACCGUUUAUACAUAUGCAACUCAACAAGAAGUCAUGUAUGCACAGCUACAAUUAGACUUGAACAAGUCACUUUCUGUACCUCCUAAAAAUGAGAGGAUACCUUACACAACAAUAGCGGGAGUACUCAAACCCUCAAAUAAAAGCAGAGAAAAA